GUAAAAUAAAUAUUUUCCAUUUUUCAGACAAUUGCCUUCUUUAAAUUACGAUCUCUUCUCUCAUCUCUCACACUUAUCUUUCUCUUUCUAUUUCUCAUUUUGAAAACCCUCUUUGGCUUGGCCAUGACAAGUUCCUCCGCUGCUUCUCGCAAGGCUCUGAGUAAGAUCGCUUGUAAUCGUCUUCAAAAAGAGCUUGUUGAAUGGCAAGUUAAUCCACCCUUUGGGUUUAAACAUAAAGUUGCUGAUAAUCUCCAAAGGUGGGUAAUUGAUGUUAACGGAGCAGCUGGAACUCUUUAUGCAAAUGAAACUUACCAGCUUCAAGUUGAUUUUCCUGAACAUUACCCUAUGGAGGCACCACAGGUUAUUUUUCUAUCACCUGCUCCACUGCAUCCUCAUAUUUACAGCAAUGGUCACAUAUGUUUAGAUAUUUUGUAUGAUUCGUGGUCCCCAGCCAUGACUGUUAGUUCCAUUUGUAUCAGCAUUCUCUCCAUGCUAUCAAGCUCCACGGCGAAGCAACGUCCUGCUGACAACGAUCGCUAUGUAAAGAACUGUAGGAACGGUAGAUCUCCCAAGGAGACUAGAUGGUGGUUCCAUGAUGACAAAGUAUAAUUCCUAACUUAACCAACGCUACACCUUCUUGUAGCAAUUAAAGAAGAUAAAAUCAAAUAGUAACUUUCACUGGGAAGAUAACAAAAAUCACAAUGCAGUUUGUUCCCAUCCACUAAAAUUUGGGGCUAUAAGAACCCAAGUAUUUGAUGAGGUGGUGUAUAUUUAUGUGUCCUAGUGUAUUUUGUAAAGAAAUGAGUAGUCUGUUGUUGUGUUUUAGCAAAAAUGUAUGUCAUAAAGAAGGUCAGAACAAAACCAGAUAGGUUGUUGCAAUGAGUAAUUUGGACAGAUAUUCUCUUUCACGUAUCAA